CCACCAGUUUUGGCGGGUCAAACAAAGUGUGUCUAAAAUACCCCAAAAAAUCCCAAGCAACAGCAACAACAAGAGCAAAAUAGACUCAUUUUCAACACAACAUUUUUUGGGCACACACCAAAAACGGCAAAGAAGCUAAAAAACCCUGAAUUUACGACCGCACCGUAAUUCAAAACAUGGAUGACAACACGGACAUGGACUUAUCCAAAGUGUAUGUUGUACGCUCCGCCAAGGGCGUCGACAUGCUAUGUGUGGAUGAUUACCUUUAUCAUUUCGAUCGCAUUGGCAAAAACAACACAUACCGUUGGCUAUGCAAUCGACGAAAGGAUAAGGUGACGCCAUGCCGGUCGCGCAUCUCCACCAUCGUGCCCGAUCCCACGGAUAAGAGCAAGCAUGUUGUGGUCGAUGUUAUUCAGGCACAUGUCCAUCCACGCUGCAGCAGUCAUGAGAUCACAAAAGUCUCACAACGCAAGCGACUGUCCAACAUGAAAAUGAAUGAUGCCUAUAGCAGCACGCAACCAAAGCGCGCCCGACUAUACGAGCGCGCCGCUGCCGGUCUCAAUCCACCCGAAUGGAUAUCCACAAACAGAGAAAACGAAGCACUUCAAUAUUCGUUUCACCUAGACUUCGAGGAUAAAGAUCGAGUUUAUAUGCUGCGCCGUCGCGAUGGUCGCGUUAUGGUGUGCAUUGAUGGGCAGCUGUACUAUCUGGCUGGCAAGUCGUACAAGGGCGACCUAUACCGAUGGACAUGUGUGAGGAAGCGAGAUAUUGAGUGCACGGCAAAGAUCUGCACGGAGGCAACCUUGGCUGGGGCACAUCGGUUGCAUUUAAUGGAAUCGGAUGCGCAUAUACAUCCACACUAUUCCGCUGACAAGCUAAUGCAAAUGUUUACCAGACACCAGAUCCUCUUGGUAGACGAUGACCAAACAGUGGAAGUACUGCAGGAGUGCCCCAAUCUGGAGUACUUUGAUCCCGAGCUAAGCUCAGGAUCCCAGAAGGGCGAUGAUGUUGGCUCCAUAAUCAUUGAAGAUUGCGAGGAGAAUUAUGAGGUCUAUAUGAAUCUCGACAACAGUCAGUCUGCGCUGACUGAAACACAACCGCAAGAGCACCCAAAUCCCGAUAACGAAAUGAAAUGGCCAAAUGCUGCUGAUAUCAUUGAUAAUUAUGUGAGUCCGCCGGAUUAUGAUCCGCUGACCGAAACCGAUUUGACCAAGUUCACAUUCUUGCCAUCGGCAAAAGGACGUAAGGUGCUCUGCUUGGACCGCCAUCUGUUUCACUUCGACUCGCAGAGCCGUGCCAACGGUCACAUGUUCUUCACGUGCAUCAUGCGGCGCGAUAAGCAGCAAAGCUGUCAUGUUCGUGUCACAUUGGAUCCCGUCGAGAAUGGGCCAGAGGUGCUGCGCAUUAAUGGCGAGCAUACACAUAAACCCGAUCUGCAGGAGAUACAGCGGCGCAUUAAUCAGCAAAGGAAACAGGAAAAGCUGCAGGAGAUGACGAAGCAAGAUGGCAAUGACCAACCGGAGCAAGGCGACACGGCGAGACAGUCACUUGGCACUGAAGAGACUGACUUUGAAAGUCAAGAUGACCUGGACACGGAGGAAGAGGCAGACACAGUUGCUGAGCAGGUGGCCAACUAUGAGAAACUGAAAGACCAGUCGUUGUCUUCCAACGCUAGCGACGGCCACCAAAAUGUGGUCAUGAAAAAGGUAAUUGGCAUUGAUGGCAUCAAGUUGGAGCCCGAGCAUCCGCAGGCAGCCUCAAUGAUUGUGCAGUAUAUGAACGAUGGCGCCGACAAUAUCAGCGCCAAAAUCGAGAUCCUGCCCAAUGAUUUAGGGGCCAUUGAGCAGCCCACCACAUCGACGCCUAAGCCACAACUGACUAAUCUACGAAAGCGUCGUACUAACACAGCGCCUAACAAUAACAAUAACAACAACAACAACAAUGCUCAACUAACUUCGCUUCCCCCGGACAUGGAUCUGACCAAAAUCUGUACUUUGCGGUCGGCCAAGGGCAGCGAGAUGCUUUGCGUGGAUGGCUACAUCUAUCAUGCCAAGAAUCGGGGCCUCAUCUCGCGCAACUAUUGGGUGUGCAUCAAGAGCCGUGAUCCGGAGAUCAAUUGCAAGAGCCGCAUAUCGACGGCCACACAAAAGGAUGGCUCUAUCCGUGUUCUGCGGGUCUACAACAGCCACAGUCAUCCGUUCAGCGAGGACGACAUCAAACGGCGACUCUUCAAUGAAAUCAACAAAAAGAACAAUAAAAAACUCAAGUUCCGGCCACUGCAUUUCAUCGGAAAAUCUCUGGAGCAAAUCAAACAGGAGUACGGAGACCUUUAUGUCGAACAGCUCAAUGUAUCCAAUCUCACAGAUGGUAUUGUGGUCCACAAGAAACCACGCAACAGUGCAGGCAGCAGCCAAAAUAGCACCACCAGCAUAUCCACAACAAAAAUAAAGAGAGAAGAGACGCUAAACUCAACUGCUCUAAAACACAAGCUGCAGGCACAGGAGCAGGUUCAAGAGCAACACGACUUCGAGGAGGAUGUGGUUGUCGAAGACGAAGAGGAUAUCGAAGAGGCACCCAUAACCGAUGAGGGGCAGUUCAUGACUGUCGAAGAAGACAACACGGAUGCCAUAAUCGAAGUUGUCGAGGAGGUGCCCGAAAUGGAAAACUAUGGCAAUAUUGAACCCAUUUAUACGAUGAAGUUAUACGCCGUAUCGGAUGGACCGCCCUCGCUGGCCGUGCGCAUGGCCCUCAAGGCACUGGGCAUCCAAUACCAGCUAAUUAAUGUGGACUUCUGUGCACUGGAGCACCGUACGCCGGACUAUGCGAAGAUGAAUCCACAAAAGGAGAUACCUGUACUGGACGACGAUGGCUUCCAUCUGUCCGAGAGCAUUGCAAUUAUGCAAUAUUUGUGCGAUAAGUACUCCCCUCUGUCGACCCUGUAUCCGGAGGAUCCGACUGAACGGGCGCUGGUCAAUCAGCGUCUAUGCUUCAAUAUGAACUUUUACUAUGCGCCCAUUUCGGCGCAUAGCAUGGCGCCCAUAUUCUUCGACUACGAGCGCACGCCCAUGACCCUGAAGAAGGUCGAGAACGCGCUCGAUGUUUUCGAAACGUAUCUGCAGCGUUUGGGCACCAAAUACGCGGCCUCUGAAAAUGUAACCAUUGCAGACUUUGCGCUGGUUUCAUCGACUCUAUGCCUGGAAGCCAUUGACUUUGAUUUCUCGCCUUAUCCGCUGGUACGGAAAUGGUACAGCACUUUUAAGGAGGAGUACCCAGAGCUCUGGCAGAUUGCCGACAGUGGUAUGCAGGAGAUUAUUGCAUUUGAGCAUAAUCCUCCAGAUCUGUCACAUAUGGAACAUCCAUUUCAUCCAACCCGCAAGCCAAAGGCAUAAAACAAUUGUUAUAUUUUAGAAAAUUAGAAGUUAAGUGUACUUGCUGCAUUUAGGCGAGCCUUGAUAGUUGAAAUAUGCAUACGAAACUAUUUUUUUAAAUAAAUUCAGUUCUAUACAAUA